CCUCGGGGAGGACCGCUUCCCCGUGGUGAACACCGCCUACGGGCGGGUGCGCGGCGUGCGGCGCGAGCUUCACAACGAGAUCCUGGGCCCCGUGGUGCAGUUCCUGGGCGUGCCCUACGCCACACCGCCCCUGGGUGCCCGCCGCUUCCAGCCGCCCGAGGCGCCCGCCUCGUGGCCCGGCGUGCGCAACGCCACCACCCUGCCGCCCGCCUGCCCGCAGAACCUGCACGGGGCGCUGCCCGCCAUCAUGCUGCCCGUGUGGUUCACCGACAACUUGGAGGCGGCCGCCACUUACGUGCAGAACCAGAGCGAGGACUGCCUGUACCUCAACCUCUACGUGCCCACCGAAGAUGGUCCGCUCACAAAAAAACGUGACGAGGCGACGCUCAAUCCGCCAGACACAGAUAUCCGGGACUCGGGGAAGAAGCCUGUGAUGCUGUUUCUGCACGGUGGCUCCUACAUGGAGGGCACGGGAAACAUGUUCGACGGCUCCGUCCUGGCCGCCUAUGGCAAUGUCAUCGUAGCCACGCUCAACUACAGGCUUGGGGUGCUCGGUUUUCUCAGCACUGGGGAUCAAGCGGCAAAAGGCAACUACGGGCUGUUGGACCAGAUCCAGGCACUGCGCUGGCUCAGUGAAAACAUUGCCCACUUCGGGGGGGACCCCGAGCGCAUCACCAUCUUUGGCUCGGGGGCAGGGGCCUCCUGUGUUAACCUUCUGAUCCUAUCUCACCAUUCAGAAGGACUGUUCCAGAAGGCCAUCGCCCAGAGCGGAACGGCCAUCUCCAGCUGGUCGGUCAACUACCAGCCGCUCAAGUAUACGCGGCUGCUGGCGGCCAAGGUGGGCUGUGACCGGGAGGACAGCGCCGAAGCCGUGGAGUGCCUGCGCAGGAAGCCUUCCAGAGAGCUGGUGGACCAGGACGUGCAGCCUGCCCGCUAUCACAUUGCCUUUGGGCCCGUGGUGGAUGGUGACGUGGUCCCGGACGACCCCGAGAUCCUCAUGCAGCAGGGAGAAUUCCUCAACUACGACAUGCUCAUCGGCGUCAACCAGGGCGAGGGCCUCAAGUUCGUGGAGGACUCGGCGGAGAGCGAGGACGGCGUGUCGGCCAGCGCCUUCGACUUCACCGUCUCCAACUUUGUGGACAACCUGUAUGGCUACCCCGAGGGCAAGGACGUGCUGCGGGAGACCAUCAAGUUUAUGUACACGGACUGGGCCGACCGGGACAACGGCGAGAUGCGGCGGAAGACCUUGCUGGCACUCUUUACUGACCACCAGUGGGUGGCCCCAGCGGUGGCCACCGCCAAGCUGCAUGCCGACUACCAGUCCCCUGUCUACUUCUACACCUUCUACCACCACUGCCAGGCUGAGGGCCGGCCCGAGUGGGCAGAUGCGGCCCACGGGGACGAGCUGCCCUACGUCUUCGGCGUGCCCAUGGUGGGGGCCACUGACCUCUUCCCCUGCAACUUCUCCAAGAAUGAUGUUAUGCUCAGCGCCGUGGUCAUGACCUACUGGACCAACUUUGCCAAGACUGGUGACCCCAACCAGCCAGUGCCGCAGGACACCAAGUUUAUCCACACCAAGCCCAACCGCUUCGAGGAGGUGGUGUGGAGCAAGUUCAACAGCAAGGAGAAGCAGUACCUGCACAUCGGCCUCAAGCCACGCGUGCGAGACAACUACCGCGCCAAUAAGGUGGCCUUCUGGCUGGAGCUGGUGCCCCAUUUGCACAACCUGCACACGGAGCUCUUCACCACCACCACGCGCCUGCCUCCCUACGCCACGCGCUGGCCGCCUCGCCCACCCCCCGGUGCCCCAGGCACACGCCGACCUCCGCCCCCUGCUACCCAGCCGCCUGAGCCGGAUCUUGAGCCAGGCCCCAGGGCCUACGACCGUUUCCCUGGGGACUCCCGGGACUACUCCACGGAGCUCAGCGUCACCGUGGCAGUGGGUGCCUCCCUCCUCUUCCUCAACAUCCUCGCCUUCGCUGCGCUGUACUACAAGCGGGACCGGCGGCAGGAGCUCCGGUGCAGGCGGCUCAGUCCACCUGGGGGCUCAGGCUCUGGCGGGCCCGGUGGGGGCCCCCUGCUCCCUGCUGCUGGCCGGGAGCUGCCCCCAGAGGAGGAGCUCGUGUCAUUGCAGCUGAAGCGGGGUGGUGGCGUCGGAGCAGACCCUGCUGAGACCCUGCGCCCUGCCUGUCCACCCGACUAUACCCUGGCCCUGCGCCGGGCACCGGACGAUGUGCCUCUCUUGGCCCCGGGGGCCCUGACCCUGCUGCCCAGUGGGCUGGGGCCACCCCCGCCUCCACCGCCCCCAUCCCUUCACCCUUUUGGGCCCUUCCCCCCACCUCCCCCAACUGCUACCAGCCACAACAACACGCUACCCCACCCUCACUCCACAACUCGGGUAUAGGGGGCAGCUGGGGGAGGCCGUCCUCCCCAGCCCUCCCCGGCCCCAGUGGGAAGCGCCUCUCCGAGGGAGGGAGGAGGACUCGGCCACGGGGCUUUUCUCGUAUGGAGUUCUCCCUCGUGGAGGAGCGUGGAGGAGGACUCGAUCUCCUCUCGGGGAUGGGUGACAUCCCCGUGCUCUUCUCUGGACCUAGGCCUUUGGACAACUGGAGGGGGGGGUGUUUUUACCCCUCCCCCAGGACACCAGCCUUCGGGUGUGUGGUGACAUGGGGGGUGCUUUCUCAUGAGGGGGUGUAUUUUCCCAUGUGCAGGGUGAGGUUUUUUUUGCUGCCCUGGACACAUGCUGGCCCCCUCAAAGAAUUUCUGCAGGGGUUUGUGCCCCUGCGUCCUGUUCCCUCAUGCCUUCUCCCACCUCGCCCUCCCUCCCCACCCUCUGGAGACCCUGGAAGUCGUGUGUGGGAGGCGCGCUGUGGGCCUGGCCACCAGACAGUGCAGGGUGGUACUGGGAAGCAGGAUGAUGAAGUCACAGGCCCUCCCCCUUGCCCCCCGCCCCUAGUGAAGCAUGCCGAUCCCCCUGGCACGAGUCGAACAGCAUGUUCUCCCGGGUGGGCCGGAGCCUUCCACGGACAAUGGCGACGGUUUCCUGUCGGGGGUGGGGGGAGAGGGAGCAGAUCCAUGCCUGGAGGUGCUGCCUGAGAACUUGCUCUCCCAGGGGCCCCAGGACGCCUUUCUCUCAGUGGACACACAUUCUUGCUCGUGCUUUCCCACGCAGGCAGCCCCUUCUCGCCAGCACUUCCCUGCACCCCCCUGGGCCUCAGACCUAGCAUUCCGUUUCUCCCCACAGAGCAGGCAGCAACAGACUGGAAAUGACAGAUGCUGGAGCGGGGAGGGGGAGAUAUCCAAAUCCUGAGGGGGGACAGCACUGCCCCUUGCUGCCCCAGAGAUGCAGAGUGGAGGGGGGCCACCCACAGGGGCCGUGCAUGUUUGACCAAAGUCCUCACCCAGGGUCUGAGGACAGCCUUCUCCCUCAGUCCUCGGACCGUCGCUCACAUGUGCCAAACCGGGGAGGUGGGUUUGAGUGGGCAGAAGAGGUUUCCCCGAAUGUGCCAAGGAUUCCCCAGUCCUGGACCAGGGCAGGGGACCCAGGGGUGGGGGUGGGGUGGAAGCAGGUAAAGAGCCUAGUGUGUGUCUCUCGUCACCAUGACUCAUCCCUCCUUUCUGCCCCAACCUACUCCAUCCCUGUCUCCCUCUUUGAACCUGUCCCAUCUCAGAGCAACCUCCUCCCCUGCCCUGCCCCAGCCUCCAGGACCCGGGAAAAGAGCAGUGGAAGGGAGAGCUGGGUUGGGGAGAGGAUGAGAUCAGCUGGGGCUGAGAAACAGGUGGAAGGCGUACUGGGUGGGGUGGGAGUUGGGGAGUGAGACCUGGGCUGACAACCAGCGGGAAGAAUUUGGAAGGAAAUGUGGGCGGUGACGGCCCUGGGGGGCCCUGAGGAGGAAGAGUUUGAGCCUCGAGGGAGAGGAAAAACAAGCGAGGAGAGACCCUGGUCUGCUGGCCUUUGUGAGACACCGGUGCCAAACCUGGGUAGGGGGUGGGUGCUGUCCUCCAUUGACACCCAAAGCCAGAACCCCUAGUCUUGAUUCCCCAGAACUUUGCCUCCCGAUUGUCUGUCUUCCCUCCCACCUUCACCCAUGGAACUCUAGUUCUUUUCUGGUCCCUUCCCCUGCCUGUUCAGCUCCUCUGCAAACAGUCAUGCUCUCCAAAUGGUAGGGCCCCUGGGCCCCGAACCCUGUAGACAGAUGCCCCUCCCCCGAAUUGGGGCAUGGGAGGGGGGCUGGGGGACCCCAUGAUUCAGCCACGGACUCUGAUGCCCAGCCCCUCCCCCCAGAAUAAUUCCCCUGACAACCCUGUCCCCCCUGCGGCUCUGUCCACAUUUUUAAACCUGGCAAAAGAUGAAGAGAAUAUUGUAAAUAUAAAAGUUUAACUGUU